CGGAAUAGGUGAAAUGCGUGGCAGCUUACGUUAGGAUUUGUUGGCUUUCGUUUCGUCCUCUGUGUGCUAAAGAUCAGUUGGUCAUGAUAGUUUUAAACUAUAUCCCUGAGUUAGGUUGUGGUAAAAUGUUUGUGAACUAAUUUUCAUUUGAGACGCAGUCGGAGAGUUGGUCGAUUAGCUAUUUCCCUACCCCACUGUGUGCGCAAGGACCAUGCGUCCGGAUGCCCUCUUGAUCAUCUGUUUUUUCGGAGUUUUUUGCAGGUCUUCUCAUCUGAAGAGGGGACGUCCACUUCAAACACAAAAUCAGAUCAGGUCUAAAAGAGAAUCCUACUUGGUUGGAGGAAGAAGUCAUUCAUCUGGCAGCCCAGUUUUAAAAAGGAGCUCUGAUAUGACCAAGUUCCCUGUGACAAAAUCUGAACAGCUCCUCCGAAUAGACGACCAUGACUUCACUAUGAGGCCUGGUUUUGGAGGACCAGCCAUUCCUGUAGGUGUAGAUGUCCAAGUUGAGAGUCUGGACAAAAUUUCUGAAGUUGAUAUGGACUUCACCAUGACCUUGUACCUGAGGCACUACUGGAAAGAUGAGCGCCUAUCAUUUCCCAGCAAUAAAAACCAGAGCAUGACCUUUGAUAGUCGUCUGGUGAAGAAGAUCUGGGUUCCUGAUAUGUUCUUUGUACACUCUAAGAGGUCAUUCACCCAUGACACUACCACUGAUAAUGUAAUGCUAAGAGUGUACCCUGAUGGAAAAGUUCUCUACAGCCUGAGGGUCACAGUUACAGCUAUGUGCAGUAUGGACCUAAGCCGAUUUCCUCUGGACACACAGACGUGCUCGCUUGAAAUAGAGAGUUAUGCAUAUACUGAUGAUGACUUAAUGCUCUACUGGAAGAAAGGGAAUGAAUCACUUCAAACAGAUGAGAGAAUCUCAGUGUCACAGUUCCUCAUACAGAAAUUCCACACUUCUACAAAGCUAGCCUUCUACAGCAGCACAGGCUGGUACAAUCGGCUGUACAUCACCUUCACUCUGAGACGCCACAUCUUCUUCUUCCUGCUCCAGACUUACUUUCCUGCCACUCUCAUGGUCAUGCUGUCUUGGGUGUCCUUUUGGAUUGAUAGGCGGGCUGUACCAGCAAGGGUCCCAUUAGGCAUCACCACAGUGCUCACUAUGUCCACUAUCAUCACUGGAGUGAAUGCAUCAAUGCCUCGGGUCUCCUACAUCAAAGCUGUGGACAUUUACCUGUGGGUCAGCUUUGUGUUUGUAUUUCUGUCAGUGAUAGAGUACGCAGCUGUUAACUACCUGUCAACAGUGCAAGAACGGAAAGAGAGAAAACUACGAGAAAGGCUUCCAUGCACAUGUGGCCUCACUCACCCUGACCAGAUGAUGAUGAGCAGCAGCUAUAGCGACAUGGAUGUCAACACAACAGGAAACUAUGGAAUGCAGGAGGACAUAAACACCACAGGAAACUACAGUAUACCAGAGGAGAACGGGGUGCAGAGGGAGAGGAUCCUGGUGCAGCUGGCACUGAGUGGAGACCAGGACACUCACCCUGGAAACCCAAGAGCAUACAACAGCAUGUGGAUUGACACACACGCUAUAGACAAAUAUUCACGAGUCAUCUUUCCUGGGGCUUACAUGCUCUUCAACAUUAUUUAUUGGGCCAUCUAUUUAUAACGUCCCUUGAAAAUAAUGUUCACUGGAAUGGGCACUUGUUGGCACACCAAGGAAUUUCUCUUAAUGCUUCAACACCGGGUGAGUACAGAGAGUGUAUGUGGCUUCAGUGUCAGGCACUCCACAAUAAACAGCACCAAUAAGCAAGCCUAAACAAUGCCACUAACCCCAAAACCAGGUACUGAGAUGCAUGAUUGAUGUCAAUUUAAUAAUUGUGAUAUUGGCCACUAAGAAGUUUUUAACAUUUUUAGUUCAGGAUUUUUUAUUUUUCCAAUCUAUUGUAUUCUGCAACAAAGGGAAGGGAAGAUAAUUUUGACCUAUAAUCACAGUUACU